CCCAAGUAUAAACAAAACACAAACACACGCGUCCGUCCUCCACCUUGAGAACAGCAAGCUUCCAAGCAUUUUGCAAAUCCCAAACUUGCACCUAACCACAAUUACUUUCCAUCACAUAGAGCUUAUCCACCAUGGGAAAGCCAGCACGACCAGUACGCGACUUCUCCGGCGCCGCCGACCAGUACAUUGCCCUUGAGCGAGCUAAGGCUGCUACUACUAAGACCAAGAAAGCUGAGGACCUGGCUAAGGCCAAGGCCGCCGCUGAGGCCAUGGCUGCCGCUGAGGCCGAGGCUGCAAAGGCUGCUCUAGAGUUAGCGGAGGAGACGGCAUGUAUUGCAAAGAGCGCGAGUAAAGGAGCAACAUUGAGAGAGCCGUUGGGUCAAGUUAAGCAUAAGGCUCCUGAUUAA